AUGAUUGGAAUUGCAUCAACGUGUUCUGGUAAAACAAUGGCAUUUGUUCUUCCACUUUCAAUAAUUUGUGCUGAACAAGAAACUGCUCUACCUUUUAAUAGAAAUGAAGGUCCAUUUGGUUUGAUUAUAGUUCCUUCAAGAGAAUUGGCCCGACAAAUUUAUGAUUUAGUCAUUGAAAUAUUCGAAUUUUUGCAUAAAGGAGGAUUACCAUUAAUGAGAGCUGGUUUAUGUAUUGGCGGAGUUCCUUUCGGAGAACAAGCUAAAGAUUUUCGACAGUAAGUUUUAAUUCCUAUUUUUUUAAAGUAAAAAUAUUUCAAAAUCUUCAGAGGUCUUCAUAUUUGUGUUGCAACUUCAGGACGACUUUCUGAUUUAUUAACAAAGAAAAUAAUAAAUCUUGAAGUAUGUCGUUAUUUGGUUCUUGAUGAAGCCGAUAGAAUGCUUGAUAUGGGAUUCGAAGAUGAAAUCAAAUCGAUUAUUUAUUUUUUCAAAGCACAAAGACAAACUCUUUUAUUCUCUGCGACAAUGCCAAAAAAAAAAUCAAAAUUUUGCAAAAUCCGCAUUGGUUCAACCAAUUGUUGUGAAUGUUGGAAGAGCUGGAGCAGCAUCAUUAAAUGUUUUACAAGAAAUUGA